GCAGAAGCUUCAACUAACUUCCAUUUUGAAACUUCAUUCAUCGCCUCUUUUUCUCUGUCGCAAAGCUUCAAACCAUCACAAGAAGCAGUCCCUUCAACAGCACAAGCACCGAUGGACUUAAUACCGCCGUAAUGAAGCUCCCACUUCGGUCAUUCGGCUCUCCCGCUAUCAUCCCACGAUUACAACCCUCUAUUGCCUGUCGCACCUACGCUACUCAUCAUAGCCAAGGAACCAAUUCAGCUGCUUCGAAGAGGAGGGCUGUGACGCCAUUCAACGACAGUGGGUUCGUGCCUUGGAGUGAGCUCUCCGCCGGUGAGAAGGCGUCGCGUGCCACGCAGCAAACCUUCAACUUCGGCCUUGUCGUAGUUGGUUUGGUUUUGACGGGAGGUGUUAGCUAUUUCCUCUAUACAGACGUAUUUUCUCCUGAUAGUAAAACUGCCUACUUCAACCGAGCCGUCGACCGAAUCAAGAAAGAUCCGGAAUGCGUACGGCUGCUUGGCGAUAGUAAAAAAAUCAUAGCACACGGCGAAGAGACUAUGAAUAAGUGGCGCCGCGCCCGCCCAAUUGCGUCAACGCAGUAUACGGAUGCAAAAGGUAACCAGCAUCUAAUCAUGCACUUUUAUGUGGAAGGACCGCUAAAUAAUGGUGUGGUGAAUGUGCAUCUGAUAAAAUAUGCCAAUCAUCACGACUUUGAAUAUAAGUACUUCUGUGUUGACAUCAGGGGCCAUUCGAGGAUUUACCUAGAGAACGCUGAUUCUAAACCCGCGGGUGAAGGAACGAGGAGUUUCAAAAUGUUCGGAGUGAACUGGAAAUAGUAUGUAUUGUAUAUAUUAACCCCCCUUACUAGCCUGAUAGAUAUCGAAACCACUGUGCAUGUAAAUCGCGGCCCAAAAUAACUAGGAGGUAGCCAGUCUUCCGUGCGCGCUCUUCUAUGAAUAUUUAUGUUAGACGCCCUUCAUCUACUUUUAGAGCUACUUUUCU